GUGGAGGAGGAGCAGGAGCAGGAGAAGGAGCAGGAGCAGGAGGACACAUGAGAUGGAGAUGAAGCGGAGCUGAAUCCGGAAACUUUCUGAUGCUUCUUCUCCCUGAGGCUGUGAGCAGACUUCCUGUCCCGCCCCCACCAUGAGUGACAUCUACGACUCAGCGGCCGACUCCCUGGGUCUCUUCGGCGCCCCCUGUCUGACCAAAGUGGAACUGCGCCUCACCUGUAAAGGACUCUCAGACCGAGACGCUCUGUCCAAACCCGACCCCUGCGUCGUCCUCAAGGUGCAGUCGCAUGGACAGUGGAUGGAGGUGGACCGGACAGAGGUGAUGCGCAGCUGUGUGAACCCCACGUACUCUAAGGUUUUCACUCUGGACUUUUAUUUUGAAGAGGUGCAGCGUCUCCGCUUCGAGCUGCACGACAUCAACAGCAACUACAACGGCCUGAAGGACACCGACCUCCUGGGCUCAGUGGAGUGCACGCUGGGACAGAUCAUCUCUCAGAGGAAACUAUCUAAAGCUCUGCUCAGACCUGGAGGAACUGUGGGAAAAACCAUCAUCACGAUCUCAGCGGAGGAGCUGACGGGGAACGACGACUACAUCGAGCUCUCCUUCAGCGCCAGGAAACUGGAUGAUAAGGACUUCUUCACUAAGUCAGAUCCGUUCCUGGAGAUCUACAGACUGAAUGAAGAUGCCACUCUGCAACUUGUCUACAGAACUGAGACUGUUAUGAAUAAUCUCAACCCAGUUUGGAAAACCUUCAAAGUUUCCCUCAACUCACUCUGCAGUGGAGACCAUGAACGCAAGCUGCAGUGCACCGUGUGGGACUGGGACUCCAACGGGAAACACGACUACAUCGGAGAGUUCGAGGCCUCGUUCAAAGAGAUGAGAGGAGCCAGUGAAGGGAGACAGGUGCAGUGGCCAUGUUUAAAUCCCAAAUACAAAGUGAAGAAGAAGAAUUAUAGGAACUCUGGGAUCGUCAUCCUGAACCAGUGCAAGAUCAUCAAGAUGCACUCGUUCCUGGAUUACAUCAUGGGAGGCUGUCAGAUCCAGUUUACAGUAGCCAUUGACUUCACAGCCUCUAAUGGAGAUCCUCGUAACAGCUGUUCUCUUCACUACAUCCACCCGUACAAACCCAACGAGUACCUGAAGGCUCUGGUGGCCGUGGGGGAGAUCUGCCAGGACUACGACAGUGACAAAAUGUUCCCGGCGUUCGGCUUCGGCGCUCAGAUCCCUCCUGACUUCAAGGUCUCCCACGACUUUGCGGUGAAUUUCAACAAGGAGAACCCGGAGUGUGCAGGUAUCCAGGGAGUGGUGGAGGCCUACCAGGCCUGCCUCCCCAAGCUGCAGCUCUACGGCCCCACCAACAUCGCCCCCAUCAUCCAGAAGGUCGCCAACUCCGCCUCGCAGGAGGUCCACACCAAGGAGGCCAUGCAAUACUUCAUCCUGCUGAUCCUGACGGACGGCGUCAUCACCGACAUGGCUGACACGAGGGAGGCCAUCGUCCAGGCCUCACGCCUCCCCAUGUCCGUCAUCAUCGUCGGGGUCGGGAACGCCGACUUCAGCGACAUGCAGAUGCUGGACGGGGACGACGGGAUCCUCCGAUCUCCCAAAGGAGAACCUGUCCUGCGAGACAUCGUCCAGUUUGUUCCCUUUCGCAACUUCAAACAUGCGACUCCAGCUGCUCUGGCUAAGAGUGUGCUUGCUGAAGUGCCCAACCAGGUGGUGGACUACUACAACAGCAAGGGCAUCAAGCCCAAAGCGCCCAGCAAGUUCCAGUCUUCCAGGCCGUUCGGGCCCUGAGCGCCGCCGCCGCUGACCACAGGUGGCGUCCUGGACUGAAUGUCGCCCGUGUUCUGUUCGUUGUUAUUGAAAAUGUUAAAGGUGCUACACGCAGCAUUUCACCACCAGGAGGGGUUUAUAUCAGACACAACUUGGUUUUACAGAUACUUUCAUUUAAAGCUCAGAUCGAGUCGAGGACUUUUCCUCACCUCUUGUCGUCCUCGUAGGAGAAGCUGCAGUUAGGAUCUUCUGAUCAGGGAAACACAUGAACGUGCAGCAGCUGGGAUGUUCUAAUUCAAAGAUGAAGGCUGUUUUCAGCGUGAACACAGCAGCUGAGGUUCCUCUGUUUCUGUACUGAUGCUGAACACAGACCAUCCUGCAGCAGUGAGUUCGUACAGGACCUGGUCUCAAGAGGACUAUACGACCCCUCCGUUCAUUAAGCACAGCCUCGUCUCCAAAGACCCAGAGAACCUUAUCUUCAGGUUGUGAUUGAUAAACCAAUCAAUGACUUCCAGGAACUUACCAGAAACGUACCACAGAGUUUCAGGACCAUGUUUAAGAAAAUCAUUUUUAGAUUUCAACAGCAAAGUUGUAAUUGAGAAGAAUUUCUCAAUGAACCCCAGAAAAGUUGAUAUUUCACGAGAGCCAACACGACACGUUUCUUUUUGGCCUGUGUGUGGCGCUGUGGUUCAUUUAAGGCUUUACAUGAUAGAAGCUUUUACUUCAUGUUAUGUGGACUCACUCACUAAUCACUAAUUUCUACGUUGUACAUCCUUCAUGGUCAACAUCCAGGUUCUAAAUAACAUCAGCGAUGUAGCAUGAAAAGCUGCGGCUAAGUUUGUCUUCCUCUUUGUUCUGCGUUAGUGUUCAGCUCGUUUUGAAAAACUGUUUAACGUCAGAUUUCAAAACAAAUUCACUUUGAGCAAAUUAAAGCUCACACAGAAACAAACACUUCAAUAAACUGAGAGACACUUUGAUCUCGUUAGCAACUAAACCAGCUAAUCCGAUGGUUAGCUAACAGGUAGCAGGAGCUAACAGGUAGCAGAAAGGCCACUGUGGUGAUGCAUGUGUGUGGUUAGCUCGUUAGCCACCGCAGCCCAGCUAGCACUACAAGUAGUCAAUAUGUCAUAGUUCCCAGCACUACUCAUCUCACACGGACUCAAAUAAAUGUCACGAUGCUGCUACACACAGCCGCCAUCUUGACUUGUCUUAAACAUGGGUAUCGUUAGCUUCCUAGCUACCACGGCUAGCAGGCAGCAGAGGGGUUUGUGGGGAACUAGGAAAGUUCUAUACGGGGAAAUAAUUCAUUUCAUCAAGUGUCAGGUCUGAAAAUGCUAAGUGUAGCACCGUUAGCGUCCGUGGUGCAUGCAGGGCCUCAACGACUCGCUACGUCAGGAGGGUUUAUUUAUCUGGACAUGAAAAGCACACAAACAAAACACUGACCAAUCCAAUCGCUGCUUCUCCGCUGACAGCAUGACGGGCGGGAAGCAGUCGCUGAAGGAAUGUAUGACCCCCCCCCGGUUUGUUUUUAUAGUGAAUUGAGAUUUUGCUGAAUUGGGUAUUGUUGGUCCGAUGUGAAGCAUUCGGUUCCGGAUGAAGGAGCUGCCUUCACAGACGUCUGCAUCCUCUGCUUCUCUCAAGCCAAAUGCAUGAGCUGUGGUUUGCAUGCAAAUCUCCAUGUGGGACUGUUUCCUGGUAGUGAGUCAUCAGAGUGCUGACGUUCACGAUGCGCCCGAUGGAGGGGCGGUUCUCCUCUGAGCAUGUUCAUGUGUCAACGCAAAUGUGGGAGUCGACUUUAAAAAGCACAACUUAGGUAUCUUUGGAGAGAUUGUAGAUUAUAAUAGUUUGUGCUCAUUUUGUGCCACAACAUCUGUCAGAAAACUUUAUUCAAUUUCUUACACUAAGUUUUUUAAUUAUUGAACUAAUCACAUUUUGUUUCUGGAAAGAUUCGAUCUGCAGCUGCACUGUUGAGUCUCGUAAAUCGACUUUUCUUUCUUUUCUUACACAAACUUUAUAAAAUCCUAAAAACAAAGUUACACUACCCACAAUCCUCAGCUGUAAAGUGAUGUCUCUGAUUGGUGGACAUCACUGUUACCAUGGAAAUGUUCAUCAUCUUCAACCUUCGCAAUGGAUUAUGGGUAGUGUAGAUCCUUCACUCUUGAAAUAAUAUAUUUCCAUAUUUUCAUUUUCUGAAUCAGAGUUUUUUGGUUAUGAUUCAUCUCGGAGACGCUGGUUCAGGAUUUAAAACUCUUUUUAUAGAAGAACAAGAGAAGUGGACUUCCUGAAGCAGAGUCGCUCUGGAAGUGGACGCUCACUGUUACGCUCUAUGACUGUUGCUCAAUAAGUCAUUUUACAUCUGUAAGAAAUGAUUGUACAUUCUAAGUUAAUUCGUAUUUAUCAUUAACAGCAGUUUUACUUCCUGUUCUCAAACCUGUGGGGAAUGUGUGAUGCAUUUGUUUUGGUCAUUGAUUAUUUAUUGAUUCUUUUAUCACAGGAAGUUUGAUUUAGUUGAUAAAAGAUGGAGGACAGGUGUUGAGUCACAUGACUUGAUUGUUGUGUUAAUAUGCAGCAUUGUGUGCAAAACAAUGACAAACUGACUUAUGAUAAUAAAAGUUUUAUCAGUAA